AAAUGUGAAAGUUUAAUGGAUGAAACGUACUCUAGUGCUAGGGGACUGAUGUAAUUUGUACAAAGAGCGACCAUUAUUGGGUUUCUGCAGCUUUGUUCGCCCCUCAUAUUGGGGAUGCAACUCUUGGGACAAUGGGAAAUAAUGGGAUGUUGUAAGUGCACAAUAUGAUAACCAUGGCACACGAUAAAAAAUUGCGGCUAUACAAGCAUAUGUUUUGUGCCCUAUCAUUGGUAGUUACUUUUCGGUGCGUUUCCAUAGUAACAAUGUUUAUAUUUAAAAAUUAAUUAAUACAGUUCAUACAGAGCGAUACAGGUCACCUUAGUAAUAUUUAUCUUCAAAUUAUUAUUAAUAAUGAAAAUCAUAUCGACUCCUGAGGUUAAAGAAAUUUUGUUGAAAUACAAAAAUGAAGAAAGCAGAAUAGAUGAAAAGUUGAAGUUUGGAUCUAACAAACAAUACAUAAAGGAAAGAAAUAACGUCGAAGAAGAUAAUAUACCUUCAAGAGAAGAGGUUAAAAGGAGAAACAGCCAGUUAUUAAAAGAACUUGAAACUGUGAAGGCUAAUCUACGAUCCAAAGCCAUAUACAGUCCUACAGAAAUUCACUGGAAACAUAUUUCAGAUAAUUACAAAGCUGAUCCAGCUCUGCCAGUAAAGACAUGGAGAUGCUAUUUACCUGUAUAUGUUUAAUUCAAUAAAUUUGUAUGAGAAACUCCCUUUAUAAUCACUCAACUGAAUUACUAGAAAACAGUCUAAAGACCGUCUGUCACAAUAUGAAAUUUUGCGCUAAAUUUCAUACAAGAUUAAGUAUAGAGUUAGACAGCAUUUAGUACAAAAUUUUGUAUGAACAAAUUGAGUGCUAAAUUUUUUAGAACCUGUUCUAAAUAUCUUGCUAAAAGUGAGCAGACGCCUACUGCGCAUUUGUAGCAGUAAAAUAGCUGAUAUAAGCGCUACCUGAUAAGGAAUUACAUGUUUUGUGUUGAUAUUCCCUUGAUGUUUUGUGAUAAUUAGAUGAGAUGAUAAUUGGUUGACAAAAACAAGUUUAACCCAAGCAUUUUCAUCAGUUGUUGUGCUUAGUUGUGUUCAUUUAUGCUGUUCUACUUGUAGAUUGAAAAUUUUUGCAAAAUGUACUGCAGUUUGUUUUUGUUCUAGACUGAAAUGGAAUUAUUGACGAGCCUCAUUAUUGACAGGCAAGAUUGUGGUGAAGCUUGAACAUGGACGUGGCUCCCACACGGCAUAGUCGAUUACGCGCAAGCCACACUCUUGUCAAAAUCGUAGUCGUGGAAACAAUGUUUCCUAAUGAAGAAAAAUACACUGCAAUACACUGCUAAAGUCUAAACGUAAACGAUCGAGAAUUUCAAACAAAUCAAAACUCGCGUAAGCCACGUUGCGAGCUUUGCACAAGCCAACGGAACGCCAACCACACGCACAGGGUUCCAUGUUCAAACCGGCCUGCGCAGGUAAAACUGUGGUGAAGCUUGCGCGUGUGGUAGGCCCAUAACACCACAUAUACCAUAUACCCUAUUUCGCACAUGCUUUGACCAGUGUUGCCAUACGUAGCGGAAUUCCGCUAUUUGUAGCGGAUUAUUUUGAGAAGAGCGGCGUAGCGGCGGUACAGCAAAUUAGCCCAAAAUGUAGCGGAAUUUAUUACAUACAAAACUAUCAUAUUUAUUUCACUGUUUUAGCGUUAAUAACGUUCUAAAUCCUGAAUAGGCAGUGGCUAGAGUCUGAUUUAUUAUCACAUUAAUAAUAAAAUUGGUGCAUUUGGUGCCGCUUGAGCCAUCUAGGAACAGAGAGGAGAAUUAUUCCACUUGCCUUUUUUUUUCAAUAACAGAUGGCGUACGUACUGCUUUCAAUACUAAUCGUUUCUAACAGGUCUCAGCAGGCAGACAUAA